CUCUCCCUCCUGUGCCACUCUCCCUUAUCGCUGUCAUCCAGCCAGUUUCUGCCACUCCUCUUCCCUGACCUUUGCUCCUGCUCCGGGCUUGUUUUCCUCUGGACCUGGGAACCUCCUGCACUUUCACUCACCACCUGGCCUUCCUAUCGCUUUAGCAUGUGCACGGGAAAGUGUGCCCGCUGUGUGGGGCUCUGCCUCAUCCCCCUCUCCCUGAUCUGCAUCGUGGCCAAUGCCCUCCUGCUGGUGCCUAACGGAGAGACCACCUGGACCAGUGACCACCUCAGCUUGCAAGUCUGGCUCAUGGCGGGCUUCAUCGGCGGGGGCCUGAUGGUACUGUGUCCAGGAAUUGCAGCUGUUCGUGCAGGGGGCAAGGGCUGUUGUGGUGCAGGCUGCUGUGGAAAUCGCUGCAGGAUGCUCCGCUCGGUCUUCUCCUCGGCAUUCGGGGUGCUUGGUGCCAUAUACUGCCUCUCAGUGUCGGGAGCAGGGCUCCGAAUUGGACCCAAAUGCUUAAUGAACGGCAAGUGGAACUACCACUUUGAAGAUACCGAAGGUGCUUACUUGCUCAACCGGACUCAAUGGGAUUUGUGCGAGGAGCCGCCUAACGUGGUCCCCUGGAAUGUGACACUAUUCUCCUUGCUGGUGGCGGCCUCAUGCCUAGAAAUCGUGCUGUGUGGGAUACAACUGGUGAACGCAACCAUUGGUGUCUUCUGUGGAGACUGCAGGAAAAAGGAGGGCACCCCUCACUGAGGCUUCACUGACCAUCCAGUUACACCUGCUGGUUUGUUUGUCGACACCCGCUUGGCCCCUCCACACCCUGGUUGGCUGGAAUAAACUCUUUGAGCUCUCUUCGCAUCUCAGAUUGUGCCCUAUGCAAGGAGGAGUAUGCGAGGGCUUCCAGAUACACUCAGGCUUGGGGCUCUCAUGUUUGGGAUCCCUGUACCCUCUUAUUAUUAUCUUAACAAAUGGAUACUGAGCUAUUAGGGGUUGCACUGAAAAUAAAGUGGUAAACAAGA